AUGAUAACGGCCUCUCCUUAUAGAUUGGUUUCUUUUCCAAAAAUUGUUGGGAAAAUUGACAUGGAUUAUUUGAUCGAUGUUGUGGCAAUUGUAUCAUCUGUUGGACGUGAGAGGGUUUAUGAAAGGAACCGUGUUACUACUAGGUUUAAGGUGAUUGAGUUAGAAGCCAAUGGAAUGAAACUUGACUGCACGCUUUUUGGAACUUAUGUUGAUGCCCUUGAUGCGUUCCUCCAAACUGGAUACACUGGAAAAGUUGUUGUGCUAGCUGAAUAUCUAAAGGUUAAGAUGUAUAAUGGGAAAGUCCAAUUGCAGAAUGCAAUGAACUGUACGAAUCUAAUGUUCAACCCAGAAAUCCCUGAGGCAAAUACUUUAAAACUCAGUGAUAACAUUGGAUCUCCUACUCAACCAUUCAGUUAUAUGAAGGAUGCUUCUGAGUUGAGUUUAGAAGAAGAAUUCUUGAAUUUGAGUCAACGAAAAACAAUUGAGGAGUUAAAAGACAUUCAAAAUGACAUGGUUUGUGUAGUUCUAGGCACAAUCAACCAUGUUGUUGGUGGCAAUGACUGGUGGUAUGCCGCAUGUGUCUGCAACAAGGGAGUUAUUGCAGAUUCGAAAAGAUUUUUUUGCCCUAAAUGUAACAAGCAUAUUUGGACUAUUGUGCCAAGGUAUCGUAUCAGACUGAGAGUUAUUGAUGAAACUGAUUCUGCAACUUUUGUGCUUUUUGACCGUGACUGUUAUUCGCUGACAAGGAAAACAUGUCUUGAUUUGAUCGAAUAGAUGGAUAAUG